AUGCAAGGCAAUCGAUACUAUGCCGCCUGUCUCACCUUCUAUGAAGCGGUGACAUCAGUCCAGGUCAACGGUCCCAACUCUGCAUCUGGAACUCGGGCGGAGCAGGACCCACGAUCCCGCGAUAUAUUUCCUACCUCAACUUCUCCUUCCCAUUCUCCAAGUAUGGGUCCCCGUAACAGUCGAGGCAAUCUAGCGCUUUCCAUGCACGCUAACACGCCUACCUCUGAUGAAAUCUCCGAUCCCUAUUUGAUUCGUCCUCCCGACCUGUUUGCACCCAAGUGUCUGGUACUACUCUCGAGGCAUCAGCACGUAGAAAUUUUGAAGGUGAGUUUUCUAGUCUUGCAGAGGAACACAAAAUGCCGAUUUUUAUUCGACUGUGUUUAUCCGCUUCGGCAUAUGUACUACUGA